GUCGGGAGCGGAAGCGCGUGUCGGCCGAGAAGGGGCCGGGACUGAGGCAGCGGAAGAGCUCGGUUUUGCUGUCGGAAGUCGUUGCCUCUCCCCUGUCCCCGCAUGGCGGCGGCUGCUGGGCGCCUCCUGCCGCCGCGAUCCGUAGGGCUGCCGGUGUGGCGGGUGAGGGGUCCCUGCAGGCAAAAGGCUUGUAGGGCCGCCUAGGUCGGCGCUCCUCCUUUCUUCUCCGUAUCCCGCGGGAUCGGUGACGGCGGAGCAGAUGGGGAAGUACUUCCUGACCCUGAGCGUCCUCAAGGGGCCCUGGGACCAAGUCUUCGCCGCCUUCUGGCUGCGCUACCCCAACCCUUACAGUAAACAUGUCCUGACAGAAGAUAUCUUGUACCGGGAAGUGACAGAAGACCAGAAGCUGCUUUCCAGGCGGCUCCUAACUAAGACCAACAGGAUGCCCCGCUGGGCAGAGCGCUUCUUUCCGGCCAAUGUUGCCCAUUCUGUCUACAUCCUGGAAGAUUCCAUUGUGGACCCACAGAACCGAACUAUGACCACAUUCACCUGGAACAUCAACCAUGCACGUCUUAUGGUGGUGGAAGAACGUUGUGUUUACAAAGAGAACCCAGAUAACAGUAGCUGGACAGAAGUCAAGCGGGAAGCUUGGGUCUCCUCCAGCCUAUUUGGUGUCUCACGUGCAGUCCAGGAGUUUGGCUUGGCCAGGUUCAAAAGCAAUGUGACCAAGAGCACCAAAGGAUUUGAGUAUAUAUUGGCCAAAAUGCAAGGUGAAGCACCAUCUAAAACCUUGGUGGAAACAGCAAAAGAAGCAACAGAGAAAGCCAAGGAAACUGCCUUGGCUGCUACAGAGAAGGCAAAGGACUUGGCAAGCAAGGCAGCUACUAAAAAGAAGCCACAGCAACAAUAUGUAUGAAAAAGUGGCUUUUCUACAGUGGGGACUGGAGUAGUACUGGAAGCUCACCUGUAAUAUAGGUUUUCAGCCCUUGGGAGGUAGAGCUGACCAGACCAUCUCUUCUAGAUUUUAUGUUUUUUAAUUGAAACUGUACAAAUCUGACAAUCAUCUUCUUUCCUAAAGGUGUAAUUAUCAUUAAAAGAAACAGACUUCUAAUUCAGUUCACUGCCAACACCUAUUCUGCUGGUAGGAACUGAUCUUCAAAACUGUGAUUAACUGGAUAAGUCUUCCUGUUUACAUUUACCUUCUUGGGGCUUCCAUCUUGCCUAUCUGUAGCACAGACCAGUUCAGCAGGGUGGCACCUGCCUGUAAGAAAAGGAGGCUUCCCACUCCAAGAGCUUAUUCGGGUGCUUUGGAACUCUUAGGUUUUCUUCUAAUGGCUCAGGUGCAUAUCAUUAAAGAGCUAUUUACUAA